UCCAACCUGGAGAGACACGAGGACAGCCACACCACAGAGAAACCCUGGAAAUGUGGAUUCUGUGGGAAGGGAUUCAAUUAUCCGUCUGAGUUGGGAAUUCAUCAGCGGGCUCACACCGGGGAGAGACCGUUCACCUGCAACGAGUGUGGGACGGGAUUUUCCCGCUUAUCCAACCUGCUGAGACACCAGCUCGUCCACUCCGACGUGAGGACGUUUAAGUGUCCUGACUGUGAGAAGAGCUUUAAAAGCAGCAGUGACCUGCAGAAACACCAGCGCAUUCACACCGGGGAGAGGCCGUUUACCUGCUCUGCGUGUGGGAAGGGAUUCACCUGUUCGUCCAACCUGCUGAAACACCAGCGCGCUCACACCGGCGAGAGACCGUUCGUCUGCUCGGUCUGUGGGAAGGGGUUCACGGGGUCGUUCACCCUGCUGCAGCACCAGCAGGUUCACACGGCGGAAAAGCCCUUCACCUGCUCCGAGUGCGGAAAGGGAUUCACUCGGGCAUUCACCCUGCAGGCACACCAGCGGGUUCACACCGGGGAGAGACCAUUCACCUGCCCCGUGUGUGGGAAGGGAUACACUCGCUCCUCCCAUCUUCUGAGACACCAGGUAGAUCACUUGCCGAACCUUGAGAGACACAAAUACUCCUCCGCCAUGGAGAAACCGUGGAAAUGUGGGGACUGUGGGAAGGAAUUUUCGUCCCCGUCUGCCCUGGCGAUUCACCGACGCAGUCACACCGGGGAGAGGCCGUUCACAUGCUGCGUGUGCGGCAACGGAUUCACUCACUCAUCCCAUUUGGUCACCCACCGGCGGGUCCACACCGGGGAGAGGCCAUUCCGAUGCCCUGAGUGUGGGAAGGGGUUCACUCAGUCAUCCCACCUGAUUACCCACCAGCGGGUCCACACUGGGGAGAGGCCGUUCCGAUGCUCUGAGUGUGGGAAGGCCUUCGGUCAACCAUCUCACGUGCGACUACACCAGCGGGUGCACAGUGGCGAGAGGCCGUUUAACUGCUCCGAGUGCGGCAAAGGAUUCGGCGAUCUGUCUGCCCUGCAGAACCACCGCACGGUCCACUCCGCCGAGCGGCGCUUUGCCUGUUCCAUGUGCGGGAAGCAGUUCACCCGGCUCACCAACUUGCAGCGGCACCAGAUGGCUCACACCGGAGAGAAGCCGUUCGCCUGCUCCGCCUGUGGGAAGGCCUUCACCCGGUCGACCAGCCUGCUGGCCCACCGCCGGGUCCACACCGGGGAGAGGCCCUUCACCUGCCUGGUCUGCCGGAAGGGAUUUGCUGAUGCGUCCAGCCUGCGGAAGCACCGGCGCAUCCACACCGGGGAGAGGCCGUUCGCUUGCUCUGUAUGUGGCAAGGCCUUCACCCGGUCAUCCCACCUGCGACUGCACCAGCGGGUUCACACCGGGUAGCAGCAGGUGAGCAUCGGAAAGGAAUUCUGUUGGUCUAUCCAGCCUGAAGAAAGACCGCCAAGUCCAUAUCAGGGAGAGAGACGAAUGGUUCUGCUUAGCACGUGAGAAGAGCAUAACUAAAUCAUUCAAUUUGCAAUGAUUCAAGCGCAUUUAGCUGCUCUGACAAUAGGCAUUAUUUGCAGUUAUUUUUAUCGAGUGGUUCAGACACAAUAUGUUUUAUUGUUGUCACAUGUACCGAGAUACAGUGAAAAGUGUUGUUUUGUGUGCUAUACAGCCAGAUCAUACCAUACAAAGUCCAUCAGGGUAGCAGAACACAAUGCAGAGUAAAGCGUUAGAACCACAGAGAAGGUGC